AUGACAGACGUGAAACGCAUUCUGCACUAUCACAAGGUGCUCAAGAAUUUUCUCGACACCUCCUCAGAUGCCUUAACGCCGGUGACUUCGUCCAGAGUCAUCAAGGCUAGAGAAAAAUUGGGUAAGCUCACGAGCUCACAAUUCUUUGAUCUGAGCACAGAUGUUUACGACGAACUACAGCGGCGGACCUCCGCGGAGUCGCUGCGUCCGGCGUUCCUGCCGGCGCAGUCCAAUUUCCAUCCUAAGCGGAACCAAGCCAGACAGAAGCUGGCGUCUCUUCCCGCGGGUCGAUUCAAAGAUCUAGUCAACGAUGUUCUUUUUGAAAUUGAAAGACAUCAGUCCCAGUACAUUAAAGAAGAAGACCAGAUCACCAGCCGUGCCGUGGAUGACCUCCCGAAGGAUUCAAGAGAGGUCAAUGAUCCGUUCCAGACCAAGGCGGUAAGCGAGAUGCCCAAAAGCCACAACAAAAAGCAGGAUUUAGUGCUGAACACCGUGGACCUCAAAACGCCGAUAAGUGAAAGGUUUCAGCCGUCGCCCGAUACGCCGACACAGCGAGAGAUCAAGAGCACCAAAGUUGUGCCUCAAAAGUCCGAACUAUCCUGGUCCAGCGACGAAGACGAUGUUCCUGAAUACAAGCCGUCGGGAAAUAGACGCUCGAACGGGUCUUUGACAGAAAAAAGCCCAGCCAAAAGCCCAACUAAAAGCCCAGCCAAGAGCAUUCCGCCUCCUUCGCCAGCACGUUCACAGCAGUACGCAGAGUCUUUCAAAAGCCCCGAGGCGGUGCGGUCGAAUGCCAGCUAUGCGCCUGCCCAGAGGCUUUCGAACGGCAGAGACAAGGACAAGGACAUCAAGCUGCUGAUGGAAGAGAGCAGCAGGAUGGACCAGAAGAUUUCCAGUCUUGAGUCCGAAUUGUCCGAACUCAAGAAGCAGAAGGCCGAGCUCGAGUCUGAACACACUCAGCUCGCUUCCUCCCACGAACAACUCAAGAAUGAGCUCAAGAAAUAUAAUAGAAUGUCUAAGGACAUGAAGAGAUUGCUGGAAGAGAAGGAGCAGCUGAAUAAAACCGUGAAGGAGAAACAUACGAACAUGGUUGCUCUGCAGGAACAGCUGCGCGGGAUUUCUGACAGCCAGAGCCUCCAUUUGGAGACAGAGAAUGCACUUAAAGACUUACAGGCCAAGCACGACACGCUCUUGGACGAGCACAGUUCCGUUAGACAACAGCUGGAGUCUGUGCAGCAGGAGAACCAGAGAAUGGCUUUUGAGCUGCAGGAGCUGCAAAGCCUCAAGCAGGAGAAACAGACCAGCGACAAGCUGGACCGGAUGGUGCAGCAACACAAGACUGUUUUGAACACCACGGAAACCAGCAAGCUCACAAAUCUCAACAAUGACUUGCUAAAAUGGCAGUCUAGAUAUGAGGAGGCAAGAUCCGAAAAAAUGGCCAAGUCGCUCUCUAAGUCUGUAGCACUGUCUGCUGAGGAUUUGCAGCCACUUAUCGACUCCAAGGGCCUUGUCACUAUGACGCAGGCGGUGAACUUCUACUCGUCUGUGGACUCCAUGCUCUUGUAUGUGACAGAAGACGAGAUCAGCACAGACCUUUUAUUCGAACGAACAGCCGUUUUAGUGACCCGUGCCAACGAAAUUGCCAAUGCAGGUAAAGGUGGAUCCGAGGACCUGGCCGACAAGAGCCGACUGGUGCAGUCUGCGAUUUCGAACGCUCUCACCAGCGCGCGGUACUAUGCCAUGUACAAGAGGUUUAUUCCGAAGCUGGUGAUCAACACUGCUGUGAACGAUGUGUGCUUUGCGGUGUCGGACUUUCUGAAAGUGGCCAAGUUGAAGAGUUCUGGCACUGCAUCGCAGCCGGUCCAGGAAAAGUAUCAGAAGCCAGUUCCUGAGCGGCUGGCUCUUGCCAAUGAUGCUGAACUCCUGAAUCGGACUGGUUCGUCAUUGGAGACGCCUAUUUCUCCGGCGCGGUCUGUUUUGAGCGACGACACAGAAUCGUCUGUGCGGCCGCUCAGAAUCACACAGAAGUUGAGCCAGGAAGCGGCUAAUGCUUCCGAAGCUCCAAAGAAGGUUUCCAAGCCUCCUGUGUUUUUAAACUCGUCGCCAGUUGGCACUCCGAUUGGACAGAUCCUGGUUACGCCUACAAAAACAGCCAAGGACGGAUUCUUCGACCACUCGCGCAAGUCUUCGGAGGAGGCACUAAAUAAUUCUCAAAGGACCUCUAGUCCGACAAAUAACUCCAACAAGCCAGAGGAAGAGACUAGAGAAGCAAGCAAACCUUCACAGCAAAAAGAGCUGCCUGUGCUGCCGAAGGAGACAUCCAGCCCGUCUAAAGCCCAGUUGGAGCAGAAACCGGCUACUGACAGCAACCGUGCCCUCUACAAGAACGCUAACGGUAGUGUGUCGUCGCUAGCCUCAAAGUUCUCGGCCAGCCAGGACCAGGAGUCGCCACUAAAGUCUCAUGCAUCCAAGUCGUCGCCAAAAGGCAACAUUCUUGCCAGGAUGAAAAUGCUGCAGGAGAACAGCGACAACGACAACUCUCCAACAAGAAGUAGGUCCGGUUCGCCAGCCAGAUACGUCUCUGACACGGCGUCGUCUGCGUUCGACAAGUUUGGAGCGCGCAGGAGAACGAGCGUGGACAGACCGACUUCGUCGGCCAACGGCACGGCCAGCAACUACACAGAGAAGCCGCAGGAGCCAGCGGAGCCAGCAAAGCAGCCAUUAAACACGUUGGAGUUGCCAAAGCCAGAAAAGCCCGUGUCUGCGGUGCGUGGCAGCGUCUACGACAACCCGAUGGCGCAGGAAGAGCCGGUCAGCAGAGACGGUCCGUCUUCGGGGCAGACGAUUCCGAGUGCCGGGAGCGCACUCCAGCCGCUAAGCGGACAGCACGAGACCACGGCCGAGAACUUUGAAGUGGAAAAAUUCAACACUCUGGACCCGGACAACACACUCAAGGAGCUGCUGCUGUACCUGGAGCAUCAGACCGUGGAGGUCAUUGCGGCGAUCCAGAAGCUGUUAGAGUCGAUCAAGAACCCGAAGGCCACAAAGUUGUUACUCAAGAAUGGUGCUGGCCAGAUCAUCGAGGUGGUCAAGCAGAUGGCAGAGGGAACAAACACGCUGAUGGCACAGACGAGGUACGCGGAGCAGAUGGGCCAUGCGCAGUACGUGGUGGAGGUUCUGGAGGACUGUGUGCGGCGGAUGGAGGCGCUGUAUUCCAGUGGAGACGAGCGCACAGACAGAGAGUACGCGGACAAAGCGUUCAAGCAGCGGUCUGCAGGCAUUGCGUUUGACGUUGCCCGCAGCACGAAGGAGCUCGUCAAGACUGUUGAAGAGGCAAGUCUACGUGACGACAUUGCUGUGAUCGACUCGAGACUGAACGGCGGGGUGUAG